AUGAGGGACACCCGCCCAAAAUUGAGAGCAGAUGUGGAGAUGCUAAGACAGGCAUUAGAGAUAUAUACUCCUAAAGUGUUUCAAAUGUUCCAAGAAGAAUACCUCAAAGUUUUGGAUUGUACCAUUGAUAAGACUAGCAAAACAGAAGUUGAAGUGGUGUAUAAAGUGAGAUAUGCUGGUAGAGGUACAGAGCACCAAGUCCGAUUUGAGUUUUCUUCUCAAGUUGUUGAGUGCAGUUGCAGAAAGUUUGACUUUGUGGGGAUUCUAUGUGCUCAUGCUUUGAAAGUUCUUGACAAGAAAAAUAUAAAGCACAUUCCCAAGCAGCAUAUAUUGAAGAGAUGGACCAAGGAUGCAAAAGAUGGAAAAAUAAGUAGUUCGACUCAAGUUCAUGGAGGAUCUAAGGAGCUCAUUGGAAAACGUUACUUGAACCUUGAUUACAAUUUUUGA